AUGGAGAGAGCGGCAGUGUCCAUCGCGGGCAAGGUCGGGCAGCUGCUAGUGGACGAGCUCCAGGACAUCCGCGGUGUCGGCGCCAAGGUCGUCCACCUGCGGGACGAGCUGGCGACCAUGAACGCCGCCCUCCGCAUCAUCUCUGAGGCGGAGCAGGACUCCGUCGACCACAUUGUCCGCGAGUGGGAGAAGCAGGUGCACGACCUCGCCUGCGAUGCCGAAGACUGCACCGACACCUACCUUCUCCGCCUCGUCCGCCCCACCCCAAACCCGCCAAACAACGUCACCGGCAAUCAGCUCAUCUUCUCCUGGACCGGAUACCUGCUUGCCCGCGCCAAGCGCAUUGCCAAGUAUCCAUAUGAGAAGCUUGUGCUGCAGCGCACACUCGCUGCUGACAUCAAGGACCUCCUGGCCCGUGCCACCAUCGUCAGCGAACGCCGCAUUCGCUACGGUAUUGACCGGACAGCGCUACCGAGAGCUGCCUGCUUCGCCCCUGUCUCGGCGGCGGCUGCAUCUGCGAGUGCCCUCCGUCCUACCGACGACCCUGAUCAGUUUGUCGGCAUCACAGAUACGGCAAAUGCCUUGGCCGACAAAAUCAAGGCGAUCAAGUCGCCGGUCAAGAUCAGGGUGCCAGUCAAUGAUGACGAUGAUGAUGACGCCGACGAGACCAUGGCUGCGGUCCAUGAUCAGGAUGACAAGAUCAAGGCGCCGGUCCAUGAGGGUCUAGAGGUGUUCUCCAUUGUGGGGUUUGGAGGGCUGGGGAAAACCACCUUGGCCAUGGACCUUUGUCGGCAGCUUGACGCGGACUUCCCGUUCCAGGCGUUGGUAUCUGUGUCUCAAAAUUUCAAUGCCGCCAAAGACAUGGAGAGACUGCUGGUACAAGUGCUCCAGCAGAUUCUCAGGGAGAAACCAAGUGAUGAGGAAACCAACCUGACGAGAGUUGAAGAGCUGUCCGAAAAGAUCAGGGAACUCCUAAAUCAGAAGAGGUGUCUCAUUGUGGUCGAUGAUGUAUGGAGCGUACCAGCCUGGGAAGCUAUCCGCAACAUAUUGCCAAGAAAGAAUUGCGGCAGCAAAAUCAUUGUGACAACUCGAAUAAAUACGGUGGCCAAGGCUGCAAGUUUCUCAGAGGACUUUGUCCAUCAUAUGGAGCCCCUGAAAGCAAAAGCCUCUGAGAAACUGUUUGUCAAAAAAGUGUUUGGCUCCACAGAGAAUGGUACAUGCCCGCCUGAAUUUAAAGAAACCAUGGACACUAUUUUGAAAAAAUGUGGUGGGUUGCCAUUGGCCAUCAUUAGCAUUGCCAGCCUUCUGCCAAGCUAUAGGUCAGCUGAGAGCAUAGAGAUGUGGCAAAGAGUUUCUAGAUCAAUUGGAUCUCAGAUGGAGAUCCACCCUACCCUCCAGGCGAUGAGGCAGUUGAUUACACUCAGCUAUGACUACCUCCCUCACCAUCUUAAGGCUUGCAUGAUGUAUCUGAGCAUUUUCCCGGAGGAUUAUGUGGUUACCAAGGAUAGGCUCCUACACAGAUGGAUUGCAGAAGGUUUGGUCACUGAGAAGCGGGGGUUGACUUUGUUGGAGGUUGCAGAAGAAUAUUUGAAUGAGCUGAUAAGUAGGAACAUGAUUCAACUAGGCAAGUGUGUGUCCACUGGAAAAUCAUUCUAUUCUAGGGAAGUGAAGGUUGUGGGGUGCCGGGUGCAUGACAUGAUCCUUGAGGUCAUGGUGUCCAAAUCCGAGGAGUCUAACUUUGUUAGCUUGGUAGGGCGGCAAUACAGAGGAAUGGCACAUGGAAAUGGCAAGGUUCGACGCCUCUCCAUCCAUGAUAAUGACAAUGAUGAGCAGCAUGAUGCAAGGCAUCGCAUUGAGGCGAUGAAGCUACAGCAUGUCCGGUCACUGACCACAUUUCCGUUCCAUGGCCUUGAGAAGCUACUGGAUCGUCUAGGCGAGUUCAAAUUGUUGAGGGUACUUGACCUGGAAGAUUGCAAAGCCCUGCGAAACAAGCACAUGAUAUAUGUCUGCAGACUGUAUCUUCUUAGGUUCUUGAGCUUGAGGGGAACAACAGUCUCUAAGAUGCCUCACAAACUUGGUAAUCUAGAGCACUUACAGACUCUUGAUGUAAAAGACACAUACAUGAAUAGGGGGCAGGGGAUGCCGCGAAGUGUGACAAAGCUAAGCAAACUAGAGAGCCUAAUGUCCGAUGGGUGGCUUUUGCCACGAGGGCUAAGGAACAUGAAGAUGCUGCGCGAGGUGGAUACGGGAAUACUUUGUGGCCGUGACGUUUCAUCGGUUGCCCGGGAGAUCGGUGAGCUACCACAGUUGCAGGUGCUAAGUAUGCUAAUUGCUGACUCCGCCGAUGGUGGGUGUUAUCCUGAGCUUGCCUCCUCCUUGAGCAAGACAAGCGCUCUCCGAUCGCUCAAUCUGAGUUGCGGAGGUGCUGAGGGAGAUGAGUGCAGUUUGGAGUUUCUCCAUGACGUCUCACCGCCGCCGCCACUCCUUCAUACCCUUGUUUUGUGUGGAAGCAUUAGCCAACUGCCCGACUGGAUGUCAUCACUAGCACACCUCACAAAUUUGGAAAUUGGAUAUACAGAACUUACUGGUGACAAAUUGUUUCGAGUCCUGUGUAAGUUGACCAAUCUGCAGAGAAUCCGACUGGUGGAAAUUGAGUGCAAAUACGGAAAAUUGGUUGCACGCCCUAAACACGACUUCCCAGUGCUGAGGUUUCUGGAGGUGGUCGAAUGUCCUAUCAUGCUCACAUUCCAGAAAGGAUCAAUGAAAAUGCUCGAGACACUAGUAUUGGACUUUGGUGACGAGAGGCUGAGGACUGUCGGUCUUCAGAACUUGGAGAACCUUAAAGAGGUCAAGCUCAAUGCUAAGAAAAGCAUCCCGUCAAUGAAAUGUGCAGUGAAGCAACUCAAGAGACACCCCAAGUCCAAUCAGAUGAGAGUAAUGGCCGACUAGAGCUGAGGUGCGCAUCUUGGAGAACUGUUGCUCCUCCUGUAUGUUUUCUAUGGCCUUAAUUAGUGUGCUCUUCCUUUUAACUGCACGUGUGUGUGUUUCCUAGCUAAUUUCUGCUCAGGCUGGAUCGAGCAGCAU